GACGAGCUUUGGAGGAACUCAGAAGUUCAUUAUACAAUGAGCUUAAAACAUCAGAAGGAGCUAAAAGGAAACAACAGAGAUUUUGUGGCCCUGUUGUUGCAAUUUCCUUCAAUUUCAUUGUUGCUGUUGGAAUCAUCCUCGCCAAUAAACUAGUGAUGGGAAGAGUUGGAUUCAAUUUUCCAAUCUUUCUAACAUUGAUUCACUAUACUGUUGCUUGGAUUCUUUUAGCUUUCUUCAAAUCUCUCUCUUUGCUUCCAAUGUCUCCUCCAUCAAAGACUACACCUUUCUCCUCUCUCUUCUCUCUUGGAGCUGUCAUGGCCUUUGCUUCUGGACUCGCUAAUACCAGUCUCAAACACAACAGUGUUGGAUUCUAUCAGAUGGCUAAGAUCGCAGUGACACCAACGAUUGUUCUUGCAGAGUUUGUUCUUUUCAAGAAAACCAUCUCUUCCACAAAGGUCAUGGCAUUAGCUGUAAUAUCUCUAGGGGUGGCAAUUGCGACAGUGACAGAUCUAGAAUUUAAUUUGUUUGGCGCAUUGGUAGCUGUGGCUUGGAUUAUCCCAAGUGCCAUCAAUAAAAUCCUCUGGUCUAAUCUUCAACAACAAGCUAAUUGGACUGCCCUAGCAUUGAUGUGGAAGACAACACCAUUUACCGUCUUCUUCUUAUUGGCUCUCAUGCCAUGGCUUGACCCACCUGGAAUUUUACUGUUCAAAUGGGAUUUAGGUAACUCUUCUGCAAUCCUCAUCUCGGCUCUUCUCGGCUUUCUCCUCCAAUGGUCUGGUGCACUCGCUCUCGGGGCAACCUCGGCAACAUCUCAUGUAGUAUUAGGGCAAUUCAAGACAUGUGUGAUCUUGCUUGGAGGUUACGUUAUCUUCGGCUCCGAUCCUGGCUUCAUCAGCAUCUACGGCGCUGUGGCAGCUCUUGUCGGCAUGUCUGUCUACACGUGGCUCAAUCUUCCGGGGAAAUCAGUCGAUCACAUCUCGAGCAAGCAGCUUCCAAGACAAACAUUACCAUUUCAAAACCUAAAGCCGAGGCUGACGACGGAAGAGGAGAGACCGGAGUAGCCGUAGUUUCCAUUGAUCCGAAGAUAACGUAACCUCCAAGAUUGUAUAGCUUUAUGUUUUUUGUUAGAUGC